GUUUGUUUAACUGGACCGGAAAUCUGGGGACAGAACGAGUCUGUUUACCCGAACCCUUGAGGGACAGACAUGUCGCUACCUCCUUGAUGGUGAGGACAGUGUUUGGUAUCUGAAGGUCGGACAAUAACUUCACUGUAAGUUGUAAUCGGGCAAUGAGAAUAACUGUUAAUCCCUUACUUGUUGCAUCAACUUCCGAUUGUCCCAGUGCUCAAUUCGCCUGCUAGACUGGAUCCAGCGAGGGUAUUGUCAUUUGUUUGAUUUUGUUGUCAGAAGACUUUAUCCGCGCUCCUUUUUUUUUCGCGCUUACAGGUUUAUUUUGUUUGCUUCGAUUUCCAGAAGCCGACGGGAGUUACCUACCUAGGUACCUACCUAGGUUCCUACUCAACUCACUGUCCUUGAGAUGCAGUAAAUAACACAACUCGAUUUCUGAAAUCACACCAAAAUCAAUUAUCUGUACGAUUGGUCGAGCUGCACUCAAUACCAAUCAGGGUUGAGCAGCAAGCCACAGCAGUCAUGACGCGGGUCCUGGAUACCUCACUUUCCCUGCUCAUCCCAGGGCUCAUCAUCUUUCACCUCGUUGUGGCCCCUUACACAAAAGUCGAGGAGUCUUUCAACAUCCAAGCGACCCACGAUGUGCUCGUAUAUGGCACCCCCACCCAGGACAUCCAUAAGAGACUGGCGAAUAGCUAUGAUCACUUUGACUUCCCCGGUGCUGUGCCUCGCACAUUCAUCGGCCCUGUGUUACUGGCCGGUCUGAUUCAGCCCUUAGUCGCCCUUCUGGGCUUUGAGCAUGCUCAGACUCUUGCCCGUGCCGUACUGGGACUCUUCAACGCCUUUGCCAUCCUCAGGUUUAAGGCAAACCUCGGGCGUGCCUACGGGUCAUCUGUUGCGAGGUGGUAUGCGCUUUUUCAGGCCAGCCAGUUCCAUGUGAUUUUCUAUGCGUCGAGAACGUUGCCAAACAUGUUUGCAUUUGGUCUUACAACCCUUGCAUAUGCCUGUCUUGUCCCGGCUCCAACGUCAAAACGAGCACUCCCUCGGCAACGACUGGCUAUUUCUCUCUUUGUCUGCGCCGCAAUCAUCUUUCGAUCCGAGGUUGCUAUCCUGCUGGCAACGAACGCUCUGUACCUUUUAAUCGCCCCGAUGAUGCCCUUGCAAAAAAUCAUCCCACCCUUUGUCAUCUCCGUCAUCGCAGCCCUGCUCAUUUCGGUCCCGGUCGACUCGUACUUUUGGCAGAAGCCACUCUGGCCAGAGCUCUGGGGCUUCUACUACAAUGUUGUUCUCGGUUCCUCAUCCAACUGGGGCGUCUCUCCGUGGCACUGGUACUUUACCUCGGCCCUGCCACGGCUUUUGAUGAAUCCUAUGGUCUUCGUUUCGUUGGCCGUUGCCCUGCGCCAGCCAGCAACACGCAAAGGAGGCGCGAGGCUGCUCGUCUAUCCUAACGUUCUCUACGUUGUGAUAUACUGCCUGCAGCCGCACAAGGAGACUCGUUUCAUCUUUUACGUUGUUCCGCCUUUGACGGCGGCUGCAGCACUCGGCGCAAACUUUAUCUUCACCCGCCGUUCUAAGAAUGCCAUGUACGCCUUGUGCAGCGUGGCAUUGGUGCUGUCAAUCCCCGCUAGCCUCGUUGGUAGCACGGCAAUGCUUCUGAUUUCUUCGCUCAACUACCCCGGCGGCGAAGCCCUCGCGUAUCUUCGGGCGUACGUGGCUGUGGAUGACGCCACCAGAGCGACGGCCGGUGGGGCCGCUACAGAGGUCUCAUCAUCAGGCCAGAUGGUGCCCGUCCAUGCCGACGUCCUGGCCUGCAUGACGGGGGUGACACUGUUCGGUACUACGACGGGCGCCGCAGCCGGCAUCGGUGCGCUUCCGUCGCUCCAUGCGCCGAGCCAUCCGGGGGCCCAGACCGGUUCAGGUGGUGAUAUGGCCGCCGAGCAUGGUCGGGGCGUGCUGGUGGCGCUGGAUAAGACUGAGGACCGCAUUAAGUUAAGAGAUCCGAGGUUCUGGCACCUGUUUGACUAUGUCAUUGUUGAGGACCCGCAAAAGGUCGUUGGUGCCAAAUGGGAUGAGAUUGGGAUCGUGGAGGGUUACGCCGGUAUCGAGGUGUUGCGGCCGGGUUCUGUUACUCCCACCGAUAAGAGCGUCCGCGGCCCCGUGGUCGGGAGAGGCAAGCUCGUCAAUGACAUCAGGGAUCGGAUCAGAGGUCUUACAGGGGGUUGGUGGGUCGGACCGCGGAUGCAGCCACGGCUACACAUUCUGAAGCGCAUCAAGGCUGCCAAGCCGAUAAAGAGCGUCGCGUCCUGAGCCAACCUCGGUCGGGUACCUGGAAAUAGGACAACCUCUCCUCAAGAGUGGGCCUAUCUGCCUGCUUACACGGUAGGCCCCCGAAAUUUACAUAUCAGGGACUAUACUCAAGUCAUCCUUCCACAAAGUGAGUUAGUUUGAUUUGGGAAUGGGGUUGCUUGCAGUGCAAAUGUGGUUCUGUAGUCGAGACAGUUCAUGUCACCUGCGCCACGUUUGACUAGAGCUCGAUUGUGUUUCGGAAUUAGCAUCCCGAGUGCGCGUACAGCUUCUGUCCCUAUACUCAAUAAAGUGCACGC